AAACAGGCUUCUGUGGGAUCGACCAAUCACACAAGGAGUACUGGAGCCCUUCCCCGCGUCUCUGAACAUGUGAAGUCUUGCCGCGAAUUUCAAGCAGAAAACUGUUUAGGCGCGCACGGAAACGUUUAGCUGGUCUUAGAGACUUUUAAAAAUAUAUAUAAAACAAAUCAAGUGGUUUGUUUAUUUAUUUAAAUAUUUUAUACGAUAAUGGCUACUCCUCCCAAGAGAUUUUGUUCAAGCCUCGACGCUGACCUCAGCUUCGAAAAAAGGGCAUUGAAGGUCUCAAUAGAGGGAAACAUUGCGGCAGGGAAGUCAACUUUAGUGCGCUUGCUAGAGCGGGCUUCAGAGGAAUGGGAAGUCAUACCAGAGCCCAUUGGGAAGUGGUGCAAUGUACAGACCACAGAGAAUGAGUAUGAGGAGCUCAGCACGUCCCAGAAGAGUGGAGGCAACCUGCUGCAGAUGUUAUAUGACAAGCCCAGUCGCUGGUCUUACACUUUCCAGACCUACGCCUGCCUGAGUCGUGUCCGUUCACAGCUUCAGCCUCCUUCUGCCAAACUUCAGCAGGCAGAGAAACCAGUACAGUUCUUUGAGCGUUCUGUCUAUAGUGAUCGAUAUGUGUUUGCCUCCAACCUCUUUGAGUCUGGAGAUCUGAAUGAGACCGAGUGGGCCAUCUACCAAGACUGGCAUUCGUGGCUCCUCACUCAGUUUGAGUCCCAGAUUGAGCUGGACGCCAUGAUCUAUCUUCGUGCUAAUCCAGAGAGGUGUAUGCAGCGUCUUCAGUUCCGAGGGCGAGAGGAGGAACAGGGGAUUCCACUGGACUACCUGGAGAAGCUGCAUUAUAAGCACGAGUGUUGGCUGUACAACCGAACCACAAAGUUGGAUUUUGAGUAUCUUAAAGACCUGCCAGUACUGGUCCUGGAUGUUAAUGAGGAUUUUAAAAAUGACAGAAUUAAGCAAGAAGGUGUAAUUGACAAGGUGAAGGAGUUUCUGAGCACCCUGUAGACUAAAUAUAAAUUGAUAAAUUGAUCUGUGUGAAUCAUGUAAACUGGUGAUUUCUCACUAGUAUUCUGGUUUUAUGUCUCUGGUCAUUUGAAUGAAUUUAUGAUUGUAUUUUAUUUUUAUUUUAGCUUUUUAAAUGUAAAUUUUUUUUAAAAUACUUAGCUUGUUGUACAUAUGUAUUUGGUUGUAUAAAAUUAAAACUUCAUUUAAAAAAAAAAAAAAAAAGAGAGAAGAUUUGAACUCUUCUGUAAUGGAAACUGAAGCAGGACAGGACAUCAAAUAUAAAGUGCAGGACAUUUUGGGACAAACAACAGUAAAAUUUUAAACCACUGGCUUUUAGUGCAGAGAUGAAUAUUUAUAUGAGUUUUAUCAUUAGGUCUGAAGACUAUCUAUAGGGGAAAAGAUGAAAGUUAAUAUUACAAGGUUAUUACAAAAAAACAAAAUUGAUUUACCAAACUGAAAAAGUUGUGGCAAUAAAUAAGAUCUCAAAAAAGCAUCUAGUUAUUAUAAAAUAACUAGAUGCUUUUUUGAGAUCUUAUUUAUUGCCACAACUUUGUUAACUUUCUUUCUGCUAGAAAUUGCUCUUCAUAAGUACAGUCUCUAAACUGACUUUUAAUAAUUUAAAAUAAUUUUUUUUCUAAAAAUUACAAACAAGUGGAAAGUUUGAGUAGAUAAAGAAAAUAUAAGGUUUCAUAACCAUUAAUUUCUGCAAUUUUAGGCCCAAUUCUCUCCAAUUUGCCUCAUAACUAGUUGCCCAAACCCUUCUGUAAUGCAGGCUGUCAGAAUGCUGACAAACCCACUAAUGAGGACCUGCUGGCUCAUUCUAUGUUUUUGAGUUCAUUAUUAUAAUUAAGCUUUCAUAAUUUUCGGCCUUCAUAGUCAAUGCAGGCAAUUUACUUAUGACCAAUUUUCAGUUUCAUUUUAUCUAUAUUCAGACUUUUACCCAUUUAAACCUGCAUCUUUAAAAUUAAAGAAAUGUCAGGGUUUUUUUUUGUUUUGUUUUUUUUACAAUUCUUGUAAAUGGUUAUAACAUAUCCUUACAUUUUAUUUGACAUUGAGAAAUAAUUAAAUGCAUUUGCAAUACCUUAAUCAUGAACAGGAAUCAUUAAAAAAAUUAUGGCAUUUGCAUAUGCCAAUCUUAAGUUAUGUGGCACAUAUUCACAUUUUAGUCACAUAAGUGAAGAGUCUGAAGUAUGAAUUCACCUAUAAAACAAUGUAUGCGGUAAACAGGUGAAACAAGUGAUUUAAAAAUAAAAAAUUCACCUGAAAACCCUUUCACAUGUAAA